GUCUUCUCCUUUCUUAAAGAGCCACUAAAGUGAACUCUGUACGUCAUAGCCAUUGUCCAUGGGUCUGGAACUGUGGUAAGCCAAGCUCUUUGAAUACCAGCACUACGACUCUGAUGCACUUUGUAGUUGGGGCAAAUAACCACAGGCAGUUUUUACUCUUUGUCUCGACACUAGUCAUCGACAUCGUGUUGUUUGACUACCUCGUUUAUGAAUAUUUCUCAUCGUCAUCAUUCCCCGAAUCUGUCGACUGCUCCGCAUUACUCUGCGAGCCGGCCUUGAAGGACGCAUUCCUUCUUUGCGUCUCGCUAUGGUCAGCACUGCAACUAACGUGGACUACCGUGCUUCUCGUGACGCAGUACUGGCAAGUGACCAGACAGCUAACAACGUUCGAAGUCUCCAACCUCGGGCGUUUCGGAUUCAUGGGCGGUCGCGGCACCCUCGCCGCUGGCAGUGGAGGUGCCGGUGUGCAAAUGGGACAUAGGCACCACCAUGGCGCUCACCAGCAGAACAGCGACACUGAUAGCGAAGCAGAGGGUGGUGCCCACAAACAAGCACACAGCCAUACUUUCUGCGGGUCCCUCACCGCACCCGGAACAUGUACCGCCUUCCUGCUCAACCUCCUCGGCCUCGACCGGUUCACGCGUGGCCGUGCCGCACGCGGACUCACUUCGCAUGCGCGCAAUCCAUUUGACUUUGGAGCUGUGCGGAACUGCAGGGAUUUCUGGACUAUGGGGAAGGAGCUUGGCGUGGAGUAUGGCCAGGUGUAUGAUGUUCCCUUGGAAGGCUUUGAGGAGGCCAAGAGACGGAAGGAAGCGGAGCGGGGCGACCUUGAGCAUGAUCACGAAAGCACGAACAGCAGUAGGAGUAAGAGCCUGCUUGGCAAGCUCAGCAUGCGGAUGGGUAUGGGCUCCAGUCGGAGGGGCUACGAACCCCUGAACCAGGCCUAGCGUGUGUGUAGUCCUUUUAUGAUGACGAACUAUUUAAUUUGUUUUAUUGUACAUGCGGAUAUUAGACUGCUAUAGGUACGUACAAUAUCCAGAAUAUAAGCAUAAGUAUCUUCAGUCAAAAACAUGCAGAAGAAAGACAGUGUGAUGAGCAUCCGAGUCGUACAUAAGUGUGUCUUACCCGCCGGUAAGUGGAGGUUCUGGAUGUCGUUGGGUAUGGGAAGAACAAGUUUGGCUCGGUUCUUCUUGAUAGACUGCAGAUGCACAGCUGCUUUGCCAAGUUCUGACUCGUGGUACUUAG